AUGAAAAUAGGUUCUUCCGCUAUUUGGAUCAAGGCAGUUACCUUAAUUGGAAUUCUACUUAUGAGCAUCUGCAGGGCAGACAUGACAUUGGAUGAAGUGGAGGCCACUCUGCAGUUUAAAAUUGAAACUGAUGCAUUGUCAGUGACAAUAAACCCGGAUGGUCCUCUUAACUUCCUCCGGGGGUACAUAUACCAGAAAAUGGAGUGCAUGUACAACAAAAGAUUCUUUGCACCAGAAAUCAAUACAAAGUACAGUUUAGAGGAAGAUCCAAAAUAUUUUCAAAAGUAUAUACACAUUCGAGAUGAACAAAAGGACAGAGCGUAUACAGCACUAUCUGCUAGUGAAAUGGAUAUGUACGCUGAGAAGUACCAUAAUCAUCUGAUUGAGUUAUUUCCAUCACCAACUGGGGACAUAACCAUAGAGACACGAGGAAAUCAGUCCUUUGUUCAGUUCCUUCGUGCAGAGGAAACAGAGAAGCACUCUUUAAAAAUUCUGGCUAUGUUGCUUCUUUUCUCAGAGGGGGUGAAAAUUCCUAUUAAAGUCAAUAACACAGUACUUGAAGUGUAUGAAACAGAUAAAAAAGACCAAAUAUACUUUGAAGUGCCCAUGGUUAUUCCAUGGCUAGACCCCGUAAUCAAUAAGACAAAUGAUUACCAACAGAAGAAAGUUAAGCAGCUAAUCAGCUUCUUCCAGAAGAAUGCAACCAAUCAAAAAGUACUUAGCAUGAUGG